AUGGAAUCUACUCCCCUCAAGGUGACUCUUGCCAGCAACGACGGUGUUGAGGUCCAGGCGACUCUUGCAGCUGUAAAGCAAAGCACCACACUGAGCACCAUGUUUGAGGUCCUCGACGAGUCGAAGACUACCAAUCUGCCCGUUCCCAUUCCCGGGGUCGACGGAGAAACUCUUCGGGUAGUCAUGGAGUGGUGCGAGGAAUAUCAGCAUGUUACCGAGGCUGACAACUCUCUGAAGCUGGGGAACGGAGCCACCAAGAUCCCCGAAUGGUCCAACGUGUUCCUAACAAAAGUCGGGCUUGACAGAGACCUCUUCUUUAAGCUGAUUAAUGCGGCCAACUACCUGGAGAUUCAACCUCUCCUGCGCUAUUCGAUUUUGAAGUUGGCUCGUAAAUUGGAGAUGAUGAAUCCCGAACAGAUGCGUGAGUAUCUUCACAUUGAAAACGAUUUCUCUCCUGAAGAAGAAGCUGAACUGAAGCGUUCUCAUGCUUGGGCCAUGCAGCGAGAGCCAGAGAAAUUAGAACCUGAGCAGCAGCAGCCACAGUAGUAUAGAAUAGAG